AUGAAUCUUUUUAUGAAAUCUUUUGCCAUUCGACAAUGCCCCAAAAAAAGUAUUUUUUCUUCCUGUUUAGUAUCCCCUCUGAACGUCUUUUUCACUGAUCAAAAAUAUCGGAGGUUUUCAGCUCUUGAACGUCCAUCUUCUCUUUUGUGCAAGCCCUUGCUUACGAAAGACGUAGCUGGUCCAUUAAAGCAAAAAUGUUGCCGACUGGUUGGUUCCGAAAGAAAGCAAAGCUUUUUGGUUACCGGUUUACCAUCAUUUGUGAACAAAAUGUCAGCACUUCGGCACUUUUCUUCGUCACGCAAAAGUUGUCUACCAAAGUCUGAGACAAAGUUUUUGUCACCCCCUCCAAGUGAGCAUCGAUCAGGUUCGCAGAUUGCAACAGCUAUAGCAACUCUUAUUUGCUUAACUAAUGGUCUUGUAUUUUGGCAAUGGGAUCUUGCAAAAGACGAUGUUAGGUCCUUGCACGAUUUUGAAAAGUUCAAUUGGAUGCUAAAAAAUACACAAUGCUCUUUGCAAAAUCUGUACGAUGGACGUUGGUGGACGCUAGUUACUAGUCUCUUUUCGCACCGAGAGUUAACUCACCUUCUUGUCAAUUGCUUUGCCAUUUAUUCCUUUAUGACCGUAAUAGUUCACCGAUUUGGUAUUCUACGAUCACUCUCUGUAUAUUUAUUGUCAGGCGUUAUGGGAAAUUUCGUUGUUUUAGAAAGGUUAUUAAGGAAAGAUGAGGUAGCCACUUCGAAAGGUCCUUUGCAUGUUUGGGACGUUCUUUUCCGAAAGGAAAGCCUUUCCGAAACGCAAAAUUGGCUAACAUAUAUGAAAAGCAAAUUUACAUUGUCAUCAUAUGUAACAAAAAAAAAUGUACAGACAUUGCCUCCAAGCUGGAGAACGGGUGCACUUGGAGCUUCCGGCUCCGUUUAUGGUAUUAUGGCACUGUUUGCCUGUACUUACCCGUUUACUCAAUUUCUGUUAUUUUUUGUUAUUCCUGCUCAAGCAUCAACGAUCCUACCUCUGGAUUUCUUUGUUGAAUCACUCCUUCUCACUCAGAAUUACGACGAGACAACGGGCAUAGCUUUCGAUGCCCACGUUACUGGAAUGAUUUUGGGUACACUCUCAUCCUUUUUACUAAUUCCAAAAGUAUGGCGAGCCAGAUUUAUGUACAGAAAUGGCCUGUGA